CACCGCGCUGCGUCAGCCUAUGUCGGCGGUGUCAGUCAACGGGCAACGCGUCGACGCCAUACACGUCCUUGCUGAGGUCGCAUUGUCACGCGCGGAGCAGGCGCACAAGCCCCAGAGUAGCGAAACAGCGUUUUGCGCGCAACCAAGAAGCCCAUGAAUGAUACAACAAGCACGACAGGCCACAAGAGUUUAGGGUGCAAUGACCGCGUUGCUGCUAGGAUAUCCGCAGCUGUUGAGGGCGGCGCAGCCCUUCACCGCUAUCUUCCUUUUCUCAGCGGAUAAAGCGGUGUCUCACGGAUUACAGGCAGCGGUGAUCAGUGAGUUCAUUAUGUCAUAUAAUCUUGAUAUUGAUAGGUUGGGCUCGCAUCAGGCAAUGGAAGAUCCGCUAAAUCCACCUCCCACUGCCAUACACCUCCACCUCAUGUCGUGCAUUUCGGGGUACGCCAUGUUCUUACACUUACACACAUCUGCAGUGGUCCUGCCUAGCUUGUACGUGAGCACCAGGUGCGCGUUGCGCUCGAACGCACCCUCGAAAUCUCCAGCACAAGCACAACCACGAGUGCCUGCAGCUACGCAGGGCAUAUUGUGAGCCGCUCGCGACAUGCCUCAUAGCGAGCCCGUCGCUGCUGCACGGGUAUCGCAAGAAGGGCGGCUAACGGGUUGCGCAUCCGAGAUUACCAGCCGCAUGUCCUGCGCUGCUUCCUGCGCUGGAUGCAUAGCGGUCUUAAGACUUAGAUUUACCUUUUGUGUCUAU